AUGGCCACCAAGACAAAGCCACCUGUCGUCCAGCCCGGCGCCGGCAACAACAUUAUCAUAAACCCCAACCAGCGUCUGAAUCCAGUCCUCGAGUACAUCCGCCAUGUCGGGAAAGAGUUUGGUGAUAUUGUGCCCGACUACCACGUCGGUCGUACGACCUGCAUCUUGUUCCUUAGUCUGAAAUACCAUCGGUUGCACCCUGAGUAUAUACACACCCGUAUAGCGAAGCUGGGGAAGUCGUACAAUCUCAGGAUACUGCUCAUCAUGUGUGACGUCGUUAGUAUCGCAGUACACCAUACUACUGUUUGUCUCAUCAAUUCACUCACCAUCGUUGUGGCAUGGAGCAAUGAAGAAGCUGGUCAAUACAUCGCGACGUUCAAACAAUUUGAACACAAGCCUCCGGACUUGAUUAAGGAACGCGCUGACAAGGAUUAUGACACCAUCUUCCGAACUGCCCUCACCAGCAUCAACAAGAUCAACAGGACCGAUGUUGCAACCUUGCGUACUUCCCUGGGUACCUUUGCUGAUAUCGCGAAGGCCUCGUCUGAUCGUCUGCAAAACUUGCCGGGAUUUGGACAGGUGAAAGUGAAACGCAUCAAAGAGGCGUUCGAAAAACCUUUUCACAACAAGACAACAAACGCAACACUCUCACUCAGUAACCGAGUCAAUGUUCCGCUAAGCACGAAUACCGCCAGUGUGGCACCAACGCGCUCACUGCCAAAGGAGAAAAACAAGGAAGUGCCCUCAGUAACCCCACGGUGCACUCGUAGUCCAGUUCGAGAUGCCGAGCUCGGUUCGAGCAUAUCAUCACCUUCCCCACUAUCGGAUAUGCCCGACUUCACAAGAGAAACUAUACCUCAACGUGGACGAUCGCGCCCGGCUUCUCCUGUUUGGGACAUCGAGCUAGAUUUGAAUGAGUCAGAUGUAUGA